AAGGGACAAGGCCGUCUUUUUUCGUUCUUCUUGGAAAAAUAGAAGCACGCGCCACAUCCGUCAGCGGCCGAACAGCCGGCCUGAACUUCACGAAAAGACGGCGAAGAAAGAGGGCCGAAACGACUUUGCAAAAGGACGGAAGAGAUAAACGCCGGACGUGGCACGCAGAUUCCGUUUCCACUUCCGAGGUGAGGGAAAAUGAAAAGGGGCGGGGCUCGGAAAAGGAUUCGAUUGACGCAUGCUUGGCGUCGGUGGCUACGCUGGCUUGCCGGCAGCCAGGACCGAGUGGGGAAGUGUCGAGGUUGUCAGCACGUUGUCGUCGCAGACAACAUUGGCCUGAAGACCUGAAGACCCGCAAGCGGCGUCAUCUGCGCUGGCCGCGGUUCAGUACCCAAGGAACGCCCGGAUCCCUCGGCAGCAGCGAAAAAAGCGAGCGGUCAUCGAAAAGGCGCACACCGGAACUGGGAAGGCCCCCCCAGUGUCGUCAUGGAGCGAAACGACGUCGUCAGCAAGCGUCCAGCUGACGACGACGACGCGUCGUCCGUCGAGUGGCUCGAACGGUUCCGCCGAGAGAAGCGCCAGCGGCGGAGCAUGCGGCACUGCUACGCCGCAAUAGCCGCCACCGGCGCGAAGAAGUACUCCGCCGCCGAAGCAGCUGGGACUCCCGGAGCGUCGUGCGCUGUGAUGCCGAGCAGCUUGGAAGCAUGCCGCGGAGAUUCGGCGGAGGAACGAGUCCAGGAAGAAGAGCCCAAGAAGCGCGGCGCCGGUGGCCACCCUGAUCUGCUGCUGAGCGGCAUGUUCAGCCCGCCGCCGGAGAUCGUCAGCCGGCCAUGCGGAGGGCACGACGAGCCGGAGCUGCUGGUCACCUGUCCGGAGUCGCGGAGCGCGCCGUUCACGCUCGUGUUGUCAUCGGCAUACGCGCUCUCUCUGCACGUGUGCUUCGCGGCUAGCUCGUGGUGGCUCGUGCAGAGGUACGCGGUGUCCGGAGCUCGUGUGGAAGCUAUCGUCACGCUCUUCCUCGCUCAGCUGUCCAGCUUGCCCCUGUUCGUGGUGGGCGUGUGCCGGCUCGUCGGCCGCCAGUCGCAGCCUUCUUCGGGAUGCGUGCUCUUGCUCGUUCUCCACGUGCUCGUCGCCGGUCUGUUCAACAUGGUCCCUCUGUUGCAGCUGGUGCUGCGGUUAGUGGACUCUGUGGUGCUGUACAAGACACGCGGCAAGCAGGACCAGGCUGCUCUGCUCAAGCGCCAGGACGUCAUCACAUUCACCAACGUCAUGUGGGUGGCGACGCUCAGCUGCUUCCCACAGGCGGUAUUCCAGGCACAGCAGCUCUUCCAGGCGGCCCUGAAUGAACAGACGUUCACCAUUGGCUCGUCCCUGUGGCUGCAGGCCACCAACCUGACCAGCGCCGUGCUGCUGACCUGUUUCGCCUGCCUCAAGUUCAACAACCGGCACGUCCAGGUCACCUUCACCUGGCCCACGCACCAGUCACUGCUUCGGACGUGCGCCGAGAACGUCGCCUGGCUGCCGCUCCUGGGCGCCCGCGUGCUCGCCUUUGCCAUACUCAUUGCCAAGGCGCUCGAGCCAACGCACGUCUUCGCCAUAUUCUUCGCCCUGAGCCUGCACUUCGAGUUCCGCCGCGACCGCGCCUCCACGGGCAACCAGCCGCGCGGCUUCCUAAUCGCAGUGGCUGCGAACGUGGCUCGCGCCACAGUCGGCCUGUUCUUCCGGCUGCGCAACUGGCAGGAGCCGCUGGCCGCCAAGCCUUACGUCGUGUACAUAAUCAUGCUUUUUGUGCAAAGUUUCGGCUGCAUCUUCCUUCCCUUCUUGCAGCAGUACGGCUUGUCGAUGACCAUGGCCGCGUUUCGCGCUUAUUACGGGGCGCCCGCAUUCGUCGCCUGCAUCGCGGUCCACUACGCGUUGCUGGUGAUAGGCACCGCCGGCAUGGUCGCUUGGUACAGGCUGGAGCGCGCGGGCGCGUCAGGUUACGGAGCGCUAUGAGUGCCGUAUUUUUUUUUAAUUAUUAUUCAUGUGUACCGUCGUUGACCGCGUUUUUGUUGCAUGCAAAGCUAAUGCCACGCAAACCAUAGCUUAGCAUGCAAAAUAUACUGGUCACCCGUAAUGUCUCCUAGUUUAUUUGCACCGAUAAUGCGCAUGGUGCGAUUUUGACUCUUUGUAGUCGCAGUAAUUCAGUCACGGCACUAGCCCUUGUAGAUGAGUUUCGUGGACUCACUAUAGGGUUGAGCUCGUUCGCACUUGUUUUGUUUACGAUCGGCUAGUCAUGCUGUAACUUAAAUUGCUGUAGAAAGUUUGGUUUCCGCAUAAUAAAUAUAAUGCACUUCCAUUAAGAACAGUUCUUGCUAAGACCAACCUGCAUUGACGUGUGGAAUGGGUCAGCCCAAGACUGCUAUUUUCGUUCGAAGAGCUAUAGCUACAGGGCUUCAAAAAUAAAAUUGUACGGACGGGACUAUUUCUUUCUGGAUCCAAGAGUCUUUGACGCGUGAUUUUUGGCAGGAACAUGUGUUCAUACAAUUCGCAACACUUGAAAGCAACUCGUAACGCUCUCUUAUCGGAACACCCAGUUUUGUGUUAACAGGUAUAUUAUUUAGAAGCACCUCUUAACAUUCAAGCACUCCCUAGAACCACCCUUCACCAAACUGUCCGCGGCUGUUGUCACCCUUUAUCAAGUAGAACCUGUCGAUGCUACUGGUAGGAUGCUUCUCCGGGCACAUGCAGCUAGUGUGUCUGAAAAACUUCGAAAUGUGCCAGCAAUGUAGGGAGGUCAGUCGCCCCGGUCUGGGCAGGAAAGUGCGAACACUUUCUCGCUCUCUGUAAAAAUCAUGUGCUGCUUCCAAGGCAUUUGCCAUGGCUUUCAUGGAUAAAUCCGGCAAUUUAAAGCAAAAAAAAAAAACACGUUCAACAUUUAAUGUCUCACUUGAUGCACCCACAACCAAAUAAAGCUCGCUGUUACCUCGUCCAACUGGUGGACAAUGUGCGUUGUCUAGACUGUGCAUGACCUAAACAGAGCAAUCUCAGCUCUUGCGUGCCUCGACCCUGAAGAAAGAGCACAGCUUGAAUAUCGCAGGCGUAGAGCGCGUGAGAGGAUAUAGCCAUGGAUAGCUUCUCAGGAUGCGAGAAGCUACACAAUUGAUGCUGCACGGUCAUCAAGGCCCUUUCACCCUCAGUCGCUCGUAAGCGUCACCGUAUACUGUCACCUCGUUAUCAUCACCGUUACCUCGUUUUCUGUGUGAAGGGCGUAUGUUUCACUCCAUUUUCACUGCCCAGGUCAGAUUUCGCAUUUCUAAUGCCGUACUGUAAUCCUCUACGACCAAAUAUGCAGCUUCUAAAACAAGUGUGCUGAAGUUAUCUUCAGCAGAGAAAUUGUUAUUAAAUAUGUCUCCUCCAGGAUAGCACCUACUCCACAGUUUGAUAGUAAAACUACUAUAGAGGGAAACCUGAAGCUGAUUGCUACGCGUAGUUUCCUAGAAAUAUAUAUUUACAGGGCGUCCCAACUAUCAUGCACAAAGAUUUUAAAAUAUCCAAAUGCCACGUAGCUGAACAGAACCAAGGUAAUGUUUGCCGUCGCUUGGAGAUGCUUAGAUUAUUUUUGCAUUCGACCUAAUUACAUUAGUCUUAUUUAAUUAAUCAACUUCUCAAAUAUUAUAAUUACAUGAAAAAUGUCGAUGAGAAAAUUGAAGAGCCACAUUAAAAACUCCCCAUACAGCUUUUUUUUUUUUUCUGAGUGUGGAAGAAGCCCGCGAAUACACGCAAAGUGCCUCGAGCGGCCAGUCGCGCGGCAAUUUCGCGUGUAUUCGCAGGCUUCUUCCACGCUCGGAAAAACAUUUAUAUAGCACGUACUGAGCAACAGAAAGCUGAAUGGGGCGGGGCGUUUUUCAUGUUGCUCUAUUUUCUCAUCGGCGCUUUUCAUCUAAAUAUAUUUGAGAAGUUGUAUAAUUAAGUCUAUGUCAUUAGGCGGAAUCCAAAAAAAAAAUCUGAGUAUCUCCAAGCGAUGGCAAAAAAAAAUUACCUUGGCUCUGUUCAGCUACGUGGCAUUUGGAUAUUUUUAAAUCUUGGUGCAUUAUAGUUGGGACACCCUGUAUAUACCUCUAGGCAACUCUAGAUGAUCGUUACAUGGAUAUGUCUAAACUUCGUCCUCGUGGUUUAAGACGUCCUUGUGGAUACUUUCUUUCAACACCCUUUAAAGGUAAUUCGUCACUAUAAAUUCGUUAGGACAACUGAUUCAGCCUCUAACUGCUAUCAUUCAAAACUGUUUGGAGAAUAUCAGGGAAUGAUUAUUGUUUAGUUUCGAUAGAUUACCUAUAGUGAACUUUAGAUGCGCAGAAUUUUGGGCCAGUCGGUGAUGCAUAUUUGACUACUCGGUGAAGCGCUUGUCCAGUCUGUCUCGCCUUCCUUUGGUCCCGUCUAUUGCGCUUCACCGUAGUCAAAUACCUAUGGUGAGUAUUGCACUCGAGAUAUCUAGGCUUAGGGACACCGAUAGGCGGUUUAUCCAGUCGAGAAAUAUUGCUUCAGAAGAAAACUAGCUUGAACGCAAAACGCUUCACUGCUCUGAAACACUGCGAGACAACUUGGCAACACCACUAAGCUUCACAGGCAUUAGAAAUCUGCAGUAUUUCUUCCAAAUUAAGCAGUGCCAAACAGCGAAAUCUACGUACUCGUGAUGACGCCCGGUUCAAUUAAAGAACCAGACUUCCCUCGUGUAAUUUUUUGCAUGAAGCGCUACGCAUCCCAUGGCAUCCGCUAUGAGGCGGCGCGGCCAAUCUCAGAUGCCAUGCACUCACCCCGCUCUCCCCUCACCUCGAGCUCACCCUCUUUGUGGGAGGUUCUCGUUUUCUAGCUGGGAAGGUACACCACACUAUGCAGAAAACGUUUCAUCGACGCCGUCGCUAGUAGGCAUGAAUAAGAGUUCCUCUCUCUUCUCGCGACCGGCAACGCUGUGCGAAGGGUCGACGGCUCGCUGCCUUGCCGCAUGCGAUGCACCACUUGAAACGGGCCUCUGCGUCAAUCGUCCACUGCGAUGUGUUUGUAAGUUGGCCAAACAAAUACCAGGUUGCCUAAGUGAGCCCGAGUGGACGAAGUUGCGCUCUUAUUUGUAGACAGACCUUGUGCAACAGCUGUCUAGCUUGCAGCGCUUGCUCAUGCACUGUGCAACGUGCAGUUGUCAUUCUUUGAUUGGGUCUACCUAUUUGAAGCUGCAGAUAUCGAUUACUAUACAAGAAGUUAGCGAAGCUCUUUUUUUUUUUUUUUUUUUUGAAUAAAGCAUCCUCUGUCAGCGCUUUCUCACUUGCUUUCAGAGCGAGUGAAGUGUAGAACUUAAUAAUCUACUUGUACAAGCGAGUGUAUCGGAAGGUCACGUUACACGUUUGUAUUUUUUGCUGCUUCAUUUCUUUUGUAUAUAGUUUGUGUC